UGAAAAAAAUUACGGACGAAAAACCGAACCCUACUUUGUCGUCGUGGCCGUGUUUUUAGUGUCUCCUCUUUAAACCCCUGCAACCUUCUUGGCCUGGUUUCCGACGGUGGUGAUUGAUUCGUAUAUCUGGAGGGAAACACAAAUCAAGUUAUGGACUUGCUUGCUGCCUUGCGCUGACGAACAACAAGUGUCGUAGUCUCUAUCUUCGUAAAAACGACGAGUGCGAUUACAGUGAUGAUUCUGAAGCAGCUGAAACAGCUUACCUUGUCUGCCACGCGCAGAAACGCUCAGCUUCUACGGCUUCCAAGGCUCUACAGCUCUCCUGCUGCUGUUUCUCAAACUUUAUUAACAACAACAACCUCCAAGCCUUCUAAAAGACUAUCAAGAAAUGAUCGACGACUUGUGGUGGAGUCUUUUGUCUCCAAAUACAGAGCUGCUAAUGCUGGGAAGUUCCCUUCAUUGAAAGCUACUGUCAGGGAAGUUGGAGGCGGUUAUUACAUCGUCAGAGAUAUCCUUCAAGAGCUUAAACUCAGACCAAAUGCACCACCAGUCUCACAAGUCCCUGAUGAGGCUUCCUCACUGAAGCAGGAUCAUACCAUAGAGUCUUCUCAUCCUAGUUCCGAUGAAGUUAGUCUCCAGGGAGACAACAGUUUUGUAGAGUCUUCUCAUCCUAGUUCCGAUGAAGUUAGUCUCCAGGGAGACAACAGUCUUGUAGAGUCCUCUCUUCCUAGUUUUGAUGAAGUUAGUCUCCAUGGAGACAGCAGUCUAAUAGAGUCUUCUCGCUCUAUUUCUGAUGAAGUUAGUCUCCAGGGAGACAUCAGUCUUGUAAUUCCUGCGACACAUGACAGAAGUGAAACCGUGACAGCUUCUCUGGACAAAGAUGUUGACUGUAAAUGUGAUGGCAGCAGCAGCACUCAUUUUCCAGAAAUUCAAACGUUGAAGGUACCAGAGGAGUGUUUAAAGACUGAGGAAGAGGAGAUAUUGACGCACUUAAGUAGUCAAGAGCCGAAACCAGACUGUCAUGAAGGAGGUGCAGCUUCUCUGGACAAAGAUGUUGACAAUAAAUGUGAUGGCAGCAGCAAUCAUUUUCCAGAUAUUCAAACGUUGAAGGUAUCUGAGGAAUGUUUAAAGAAGCCAGAGAUUGAGGAAGAUGAAACAUUGACGGAGAUAGCUAGUCAAGAGCCGAGAGCAGACCAUAUUGAAGGAGGUGCAGCUUCAGCCAAUGUUUUGCCUACUGAGACCAGACAAGAAGAGAAAGAGGAUGCUGAGGUCAAAACAGGGGAAAAUUCAAGUGCUUGGAGCAAUAUAGUUUCAUUUGCGAGAGAAUUUGUUAGUUUUUGGAGGAAAGGGUAGAUAAACUAGGAAUCAUCAAGUACGUGCAGUAGCUACUUUAGUGCAGAAUGCAGAAAUUUAAGAAACGUUUAUGUCCUUUUGACCGUUUAUGUCCUUUUGAUCAUUUUUGUAGAGAGUGGCUUAUAUGUUUGGUGGUAGACUGUUUUGUGAAAAAGUCGGUUCUACAAGGUCACAAUACCAAAGAAAUACACAAAAUUUGAUUU